AUGCUGAGCCCGUCCACCGACGCACCGCUCCUUCCACAGCCCGCGAGCGUCGAGGAUGCGCCAGACGCCGGGGAGAGCGCUGCUCCGCCGCAGACGAUACGGUCCACGGCCGGCUCGUCGGCGCCCUUCGAGCCGUCGGUCGCUUCACCGAUGAAGCAACCCAGCCCGUCCACGAGGUCGCCGCUUGGACCGACCUUUCCCCCGAGCGACCAGAUCCCUCUCCAACCGCCAUCCCAGACGCCUACGGCCGCUCCCAGGCAGUUCGUGCCGCCUCCAACCGAGCCCUCAGCGGCCGCCCAACCUCCGGCGUGGACUCCCCCCCCCGUGACACCGGCGGCCAUCCCCCCGCCAUCGCCCGCAGCCGCAUCCGCAACGACGGCGAGGCAUUACAAGGAUAUCAAUCAGGCGCAGAAGCACGCCAAGUUUGCCAUUUCCGCCCUGAACUUUGAGGACGUUCCGACGGCGAUCCAGGAGCUGCGGAAUGCGCUGGCCGUUCUGGGGAGCCAACCAUGA